AAUCUCCUGAUGAACCUCCUGAUGAACCUCUACUGUCACAACACUAACUGUGGGAGCAUUAGGCAAAGUGAGGGACUCCAAGCUCGCUUGCCCUGCUGUAUGAGCUUAUCAGAGGCUAAGCCAGAGGGGGAAAAAAAACAGUAAAGCUAGUCUCAGUCGGGCAGAGAGCUACGGGCACAAGGCCAUCUGUCCAUUCUCUGAAUACAACUGACAACAAAGGAGGGCAAUUCUUCAUUACCCGGACCAUACAGCCACUGGAGACUCACACACUCAUGCACAUUGUUGGAGAGACAAGGAGGACAAGAGGGACUGACACCAACCUACUGUAGCAACCUCUAGCUACUCAGCAGUGCUGUCAGUUUUUUUUGUGUGUGCAAUGGCGACAGAGAGAGCUGUUUCUGCUCCUCAAACCUUAUAGCCUGUCUGUCUGAAAGCGUGAAGUGUCCGGAUCAUCAAGGAGUAUGAAUAUGAAUGAGAAGGAGGGCGGCUUGUCUGGGGGAGGGCUAAAUGUCACCCUCACCAUCCGCCUGCUAAUGCACGGAAAGGAGGUGGGCAGUAUCAUUGGGAAGAAAGGGGAAACGGUCAAGAAAAUGAGAGAGGAAAGCGGAGCUCGAAUUAAUAUUUCCGAUGGCUCCAGCCCGGAGCGCAUCGUCACCAUCACUGGCCCCUCUGAGGUCAUCUUCAAAGCUUUCGCCAUGAUUGCAGAGAAGUUUGAGGAGGAUAUCCUGGUGUCCAUGGUCAACAGCACAGUGACAAGCAGACCCCCUGUAACUCUGAGACUUGUGUUCCCUGCCAGUCAGUGCGGCUCACUUAUCGGCAAAGGAGGCUCCAAAAUUAAAGAGAUCAGAGAGACCACGGGUGCACAGGUGCAGGUAGCUGGAGACCUACUGCCAGAGUCUACCGAGAGAGCGGUGACCAUCUCGGGAACUCCUCAUGCCAUCACACAGUGUGUGAGGCACAUCUGCACCGUAAUGCUGGAGUCACCACCUAAGGGAGCGACGAUUCCUUAUCGGCCUAAACCUUCCUCUGGUGGCAACGCUACAAUCUUAUCUCAGCCACAUACAGCUCCUGCCUUUGCUAUUCCUGGACAGUACGCCAUUCCCCCUCAAGACUUGACCAAGCUUCACCAGUUGGCUAUGCAGCAUAUCCCCCUUACCUCCCUUGGGCAGAGCAACCCUACCUUCCCUGGUCUGGAUGCCUGUGUUGCAGCAAGUUCUCAAGAGCUGACCAUUCCUAACGAUCUCAUAGGCUGCAUUAUUGGCAGACAGGGCACUAAGAUCAAUGAGAUUCGCCAGAUGUCUGGAGCCCAGAUCAAGAUAGCUGGGGCCACAGAUGGUUCGGCUGUGCGCCACGUCACCAUCAGCGGGUCCCCGGCCAGCAUUAGCCUGGCCCAGUACCUCAUCAGUGCCAGUUUAGAGAUGGCUAAACUCAGCAUCCAGGCCGCCUCCACCUCUUCUUCCGGCAACCCUUUUGACCUCAGCCUGAGUUUCCCACAGUCCGCCACUCCCGCCUCCACCUCCACCCCUUCCUCCAUGGCCAUGCUGGCCGCUCCCCCCUCUGCCAUUAACGUCCACUCCCCUCAGGCUAUGCCCUCCAUCCCCAGCUCCCACUACGCCCUCCCGGUCUCCAGUCUGCUUGGCAUGAAAACCGUGCCCCUGCUGGCCGUGCACGCCGCCACCUCGGGCCUCGCCUCGUACACCACAAAGAUCCCGACCUCGGCCACCAUCAAAAAAUCAGAGCGCCAGAAGUUCGCCCCCUACUGACCAGACUGCAGCAGCCUGUUUAAUCUCUCCCUCCUGUCUGUGUUGUGUGUGCUGUUUGUGUUUUGCAUCUCUAAAGACUUUGAAGGUUGAAUUUUUUUUUGUCAGCCCUCUUUUUUUGGUACAUCUCCAUGCAGUAUUAUGCAAACGGAUAGUGACAGAGUGACAAGAUGAAUUGCUCCUCAAAUCAUCCUCCAUUUUCUUUGGCAUCUCAUUCGGAAAUGUUUGAGAUAGCAAUCUCAAGCCAUAUAUUUUAUCUGACACGCCAUUCUUUUCCCUUUUCAAAUCCCCAGCCAAUGAGACUAUGGGGCAUUGUAUAUGAAAUCAAGCUCGAGCUCUUUAUUUGCCUAUUACUUACGACUUCUGUCAGGUUUCAGGUUCACGCAUAUAUGUGAUGAUUAGGUUUUAGUAGAGAAUGCACAGCUCUAAUCUUCAUUUUGUCUGCUUUACUUUGCUGCAUUUCUCCAAAAUUAGUCAUGUUUGGCACACAAUCUGCUAAUUAUGUCUCUUGUGCUUGUUUUCAUCUUUCAUCUUUAUGGUAUUAAAGCAGGGAAAUGGAAUUUGCUGUAGUUCACGCUCAGGACAAAAAAAAAUACAAAUCCUGGCAUUAAUACAACACUUACUAACUAUCCUGCUGUGCGGUUCCAUGUACGCUGUGAUACAAAAUGUGUUUGUGAUCGUUCUGUUAUUAGUCCAUCCAGAAUGGGUGCCACAGUGCAGUGUAUGUACAGUAAAUGACAGUGUAGGCCAGAUUGAGGGCAAUUGUGUUUUUUUGUUGUUCUUUUUUUUUUGUUCUUCCAUUAAACUGUAACUGUGAACUGAUUCCCAAAACAGGUGCACUAUACUCCGCUGGCAGAAGAGGAGAUAUAUCUGUGUCAUGACUGUUGCGAACUGUAGAAAUGUGUUGUUGUUCCUGUGGAGCUGAUGAUGUGCUUCUUUCCUAGGCUGUCUGCACUGCUAGCUGGCCUGGGGCCUCUUUAGCCACGCAGCCUCUCAUUAAAACUCUGACUGGAUUACCCCAAAGCCAUAUGGAAUUCUUAAGAACUCAGUUUUAUUCAGGAGAACCAGGCUGCAUGAUAUGCAAAUUCACAAAAUGUCUCACAAAACUUUUUAACAACAAAAAUUGUGAAAUGAAGUGUUAUAACUAGUGCUGACCUCUUUGCUAUAUUCUGUUUUUUUUAUUCACUAUUUUAUGUCUGUUCUGUAUAAGAAAUGUGCUUGUGUUUGUUUGUUUUUUAAGUCACAGUCCAUGUUGUCUUUUUGAGAUAAAUGAUAAAUUAAUGCUUUUUGUUCCUAAAUGUAGAACUUACCACAUCUUUUUAAAUUAAAAUGUGGCAGCUUUUUAUUAGAA